CAGUUCAUUCCGAGGCUGCGGUGUCGGUGUUGUUUCUGGAUGUGAGUCAGACCCGGUAAAGCUCCGGUAUCCCCACAUUCCUCCCCCCGAGAUCAGCUAACGGUCGCUAAGCUAGCGAGUUCCAUUUUCGGACACGGUUUUAGCCAGCCUCCGGUUUCCUAACCUGGGAACUGAAACUUAAACCACAGAUGGGCAGAGUUCCGCUGCUCAUCAGUGAUCUAGCGGAUUCAGGGAAGCUACACAUGAUUAUCUUCUUUAACUCGGCAGACAUCUCACUGACUGGAAUCCAUUAAAAUAUGAAGAUAAUAAGUGUGAUGUGAGGCGAUGCUCGCUCGGCCACCAUGGCCAGUGUCACGCUGAGGUACUUCUGUUAUGGCUGCCUCGUCACCUCGGCCACCUGGUCCGUCCUCCUCUUCCUCUACUUCUCUCUGGGGGCGGAGCCCGGACGCGGCAGGAUGCCCCUGCAGCACCGCAGCCAGCCAAUCACCAAGGGCCUGGCCGACCGGAGGGCGGGGCGCCGGCCUCUACCGGCCAAUAAGGGAGGAGAGCUGUCGCCUGAGAUGGGGAUGAUCUUUAACGAAGCAGACCAGGAGCUGAGGGACAGCGGGUACCAUCGACACGCCUUCAACGUCCUGAUCUCCACCAGACUGGGAUCCCACAGGGACCUGCCCGACACCAGAGACUCCCGGUGUCGGGAUAAGGUGUAUCCUCUGACUUUACCUUCUGCCAGCGUGGUAAUCUGUUUCUUCAACGAGGCGUUCUCCGCCCUGCUGAGAACCGUCCACAGCGUGCUGGACCGUACGCCGGCCCACCUGCUGCACGAGAUCAUCCUGGUAGAUGACCACAGUGAGCUCGAGGAGCUGAAGGACGACUUGGACCGGUACGUUAAAGGGGAGCUGCAGGGGAAAGUCAAACUGGUGAGGAACCAGAGGAGGGAAGGACUCAUCAGAGGACGCAUGAUAGGAGCCUCACAUGCUACUGGUGAGGUGCUGGUCUUCCUGGACAGUCACUGCGAGGUGAACCAGGCGUGGCUGCAGCCUCUGCUGGCUCCCAUCCAGAGGGACCGCCGCACCGUCGUCUGCCCCGUCAUCGACAUCAUCUCCGCCGACACUCUGUCCUACUCGCCCUCGCCCAUCGUCAGGGGCGGCUUCAACUGGGGGCUGCACUUCAAGUGGGAUCCAGUCCCCCCCUCCGAACUCAACGGGCCCGAGGGAACCACCGGACCAAUCAGGUCCCCCACCAUGGCAGGCGGUCUCUUCGCUAUGAACAGGAAGUAUUUUAAUGAGCUGGGCCAAUACGACGCCGGCAUGGACAUAUGGGGCGGGGAAAACCUGGAGAUCUCCUUCAGGAUCUGGAUGUGUGGCGGUCAGCUGUUCAUCAUCCCCUGCUCCAGGGUCGGACACAUCUUCAGGAAGAGGCGGCCCUACGGCUCGCCGGGGGGGCAGGACACCAUGGCCCACAAUUCCUUGCGGCUAGCUCACGUAUGGAUGGACGAGUACAAGGAGCAGUAUCUGUCUCUGCGUCCGGAGCUUCGUGAACGCAGCUACGGCGACAUCAGCGAGCGCGUGGCGUUGAGGAAGCGGCUGCAGUGUCAGUCGUUUCGCUGGUACCUGGACACGGUGUACCCGGAGAUGCAGACCGCCGCCAACGGCCACAAGCAGCAGCAGCAGCCGCUGUUCGUCAACAAGGGCCUGAGGCGGCCCAAAGUCCUGCAGAGAGGACGG